CCAUGACAAUACCAAACACAAAACGACUUCCAGAGGGAGAAACUACCUUGAAAUGUGUCUUAACUAAGCUUGAGUACGUUUUCUUUCAAUUGCAAUAUGGCAAAUGUCAGAAGUUACUGCCUCAACGUCCGAGUCGGAAACUGGAACGAAGAUAUGUACUUAGCGGAGGCUGAGCUGAAAGAUUUUGUUGAGAGAAAAGAGAGGGGCCAGCUCGCUGCCCAGAAGAGCAGCUUCCUGAACGACAGCCUUCUUCAACAGGUGGACCUCACUGUGUCCACAGAUGGAGGGUUACACAUCGGCGACACUGUGAUGCUGGUGAACAUGGGCGGCUCCAGCAGGGGGUGCACUGCUGUUAGCAUCAAUGCAGACACUAGCAGCUUGACAAACCCCCCUGGCCCAGUCAUCCAAGCCCCAUGCGGCGUCAGUGCUGGUCAAAGUGUACAGCCCUGCACCCGCACUGCCUUUAGCAUCACAAGUAUAGAUGGCGCUUCUUCUGGAACACCUCUGUAUUAUGGGCAAAGUUUUGCUCUGAGAACAACAAGCGGUUUUGCUGGUGCUCUGUGUUUGACCAGUGAUCUGCAGACCUUUCAAAGGUGUGCAAAGAAGUCCCGCCUGCAGGAAGUGAGUUUGAAUAUGGAUAGUUCCUUCCUGUCAUGGUGGAAGAUUGUGCACUUUGACCCCCAGGAGAGGCUUGAGUAUGAGGGUCUGCCCGCCCCUGCAAAUGUUAAAGUGUUGAUCGUACACUGCAAGACAAACCAGGCUCUAGCCGUUCUGGGUGACCAAGUCCUUUGGACUGCAUUUGGCCGUGAGUAUGAAGUCACAGCCCAUACCUUCCUGGAUUCGCACAAGGCUGAGAAUGACAACAACCACUGGCUAAUAGCCACCUCUGACCCUGGAGGGGCGGGGCUUCUAAUUGUGGGACACCAAAAAGACACAACAGCCGACGCAACAGAACCGCACAGUCCGACCCAAAAUGAGUGACCAUGCCAUGUAAAAUUGUAACAAAAUGCAAACUUUAUGUUUCUUUAAAACAGGGGCCGCACCGGAGUUAUGAAACCAAAAUAAAACAUCUUUAAAAGCUCCA